AAGAGCCGUAGUUGCAGACGCCGUUGGGCGGCGUGUGCUCUACUUCCUGGUCCGGUGGUUUCGGGCCCGGUAAGCCAGACAUGAAGAUCACGCGGCAGAAACACGCCAAGAAGCAUCUUGGCUUCUUCCGCAACAACUUCGGAGUCCGCGAGCCGUACCAGAUCCUGCUGGACGGCACUUUCUGUCAGGCGGCGCUGCGGGGCCGCAUCCAGCUGCGGGAGCAGCUGCCCCGCUACCUUAUGGGGGAGACGCAACUGUGCACCACCAGAUGCGUGUUAAAAGAGUUAGAAACAUUGGGAAAGGACUUAUAUGGGGCAAAGCUGAUUGCACAGAAAUGCCAGGUUCGAAAUUGUCCCCAUUUCAAGAAUGCAGUGAGUGGAUCAGAAUGCCUGCUUGCCAUGAUUGAAGAGGGAAAUCCUCAUCAUUAUUUUGUGGCAACACAGGACCAGAAUUUGUCAGUGAAAGUAAAGAAAAAGCCUGGAGUUCCUCUCAUGUUUAUUAUUCAGAACACAAUAGUCUUGGACAAACCUUCUGCCAAAACGAUUGCCUAUGUUAAGGCAAUAGAGUCCGGUCAGCUUGUCUCAGUGCACGAGAAGCAAAGUAUCAAGCAACUCAAAGAGGAACAGGGUUUAGUGAAAAACCCUGAACAGAGAAGAAGAAAAAAGCGCAAGAAAACAGGUGGCCCCAAUCCUCUUAGUUGUUUGAAGAAAAAGAAAAAAACAAAUGACAUAACAUCAUCUGCUUCUGAAAAGAAAAAAAAAAGGAAAAGAAUCCGGAACAGAUCUACCUCAAAAGUACUUUCUGAGAAGCAGAAUGCAGAGGGAAAAUGAAUCCUUUGGAUUCUUUAAGACAUUCAAAUGUGAAAAAUGAAUUUAUUUCUGACCGCAAAGUAUUUACAAUAAAAGACUAGUUUUGUAAAUGA